GGAAGAACCAGAAUAAGAGGCCAUCUCCUAAGGAAGUUGAGAAGAAACAAGUUUGGGUUGAAAAUUUUGCAUUUGAAACCAGACAUGUACGAAAGAGUUUAGAUUCUUUCAUUUGAUUAAGGUAUGGUCUGAAUAUGCGUUGCUUGGCAGCCCGGGUCAACUAUAAGACUUUGAUUAUCAUCUGUGCGCUCUUCACUUUGGUGACAGUACUUUUGUGGAAUAAGUGUUCCAGUGACAAAGCAAUCCAGUUUUCGCGACACUUGAGUGGUGGCUUCAGAGUGGAUGGAUUAGAAAAAAGAGCAGCCGCCUCUGAAAGUAACAGCUAUGUGAACCACCAAGGCAAACAACAGCCUGAGGAGGCAUUCCCACAGGAGCAGCAGAAAGCACCGCCUGUAGUUGGGAGCUUCAAUAGCAAUGGGGGAAGCAAGGUGUUGGGGCUCAAAUAUGAAGAAAUCGACUGCCUCAUAAAUGAUGAACACACCAUUAAAGGGAGAAGAGAAGGAAAUGAAGUCUUUCUGCCAUUCACUUGGGUAGAGAAAUACUUUGAUGUUUAUGGGAAAGUGGUUCAGUAUGAUGGCUAUGAUCGGUUUGAAUUCUCUCAUAGCUAUUCCAAAGUCUAUGCACAGAGAGCCCCUUACCACCCCGACGGCGUGUUCAUGUCAUUUGAGGGUUACAAUGUGGAAGUUCGAGACAGAGUCAAGUGUAUAAGUGGGGUUGAAGGCGUACCUUUAUCCACACAGUGGGGCCCACAAGGCUAUUUCUACCCAAUCCAGAUUGCACAGUAUGGGUUAAGUCAUUACAGCAAGAAUCUGACUGAGAAACCUCCUCACAUUGAGGUCUAUGAAACCGCUGAAGACAGGGACAAAACCAGCAAGCCUAAUGAUUGGACCGUGCCAAAAGGCUGCUUUAUGGCUAACGUGGCUGACAAGUCUAGAUUUACCAAUGUUAAGCAAUUCAUUGCUCCAGAAACCAGCGAGGGUGUAUCCUUGCAACUGGGUAACACAAAAGAUUUUAUCAUUUCCUUUGACCUCAAGUUCUUAACAAACGGAAGUGUGUCCGUGGUCCUAGAGACCACGGAAAAGAAUCAGCUCUUCACGGUGCACUACGUCUCCAAUACUCAGCUGAUCGCUUUCAAGGAGAGAGAUAUAUACUAUGGCAUUGGACCCAGAACCUCGUGGAGCACUGUCACCAGGGACCUGAUCACUGACCUCAGGAAAGGAGUGGGUCUUUCCAACACGAAAGCUGUCAAGCCAACCAAAAUAAUGCCCAAGAAGGUGGUUAAGUUGAUUGCAAAAGGGAAAGGGUUUCUUGACAACAUUACUAUCUCCACCACGGCACACAUGGCUGCCUUUUUCGCUGCCAGUGACUGGCUGGUAAGGAACCAAGAUGAGAAAGGCGGCUGGCCCAUUAUGGUAACCCGUAAGUUAGGAGAAGGGUUCAAGUCUUUAGAGCCGGGGUGGUACUCUGCCAUGGCCCAAGGGCAAGCCAUCUCAACACUAGUCAGGGCCUACGUGUUAACAAAAGACCAUUUAUUCCUCAAUUCAGCUUUAAGGGCGACUGCCCCUUAUAAGUUUCUCUCCGAGCAGCAUGGAGUUAAAGCUGUGUUUAUGAACAAACACGACUGGUACGAAGAGUACCCAACCACACCCAGCUCUUUCGUUUUAAAUGGCUUUAUGUAUUCUUUAAUCGGACUCUAUGACUUAAAAGAAACUGCAGGGGAAAAACUGGGGAAAGAGGCAAGGUCCUUGUAUGAGCGUGGCAUGGAGUCCCUCAAGGCCAUGCUCCCACUAUAUGACACUGGCUCAGGGACCAUCUAUGACCUCCGUCACUUCAUGCUUGGCAUAGCCCCCAACCUCGCACGCUGGGACUAUCACACCACCCACAUCAAUCAACUCCAGUUACUCAGCACCAUCGACGAGUCCCCUAUCUUCAGAGAAUUUGUCAAGCGAUGGAAAAGCUACCUUAAAGGAAGCAGAGCAAAGCACAACUAGAACAACAACUCGAAGCCAAAAUCAGGUUUCAGCCUCUGCCCAGACACUUAAGCUCUCUCUCUCAGCAGAGUGUUACGCACACUUGCAGAGGCAGUCACUGGGUUUUGUGGAUUGAUUUGUGGUGAUAAGUGAUCCUUAAAGCCAAUCUUCUGAGAGCAUUGCAUUCCAUGGGUUGGAUAUUUAGUAAUGUAGGUGGCAGUUAGA